AUGGCCGAGAAGCUGCCUGUGGCGCCGCGGCAGGUGCCCACCUUGUCUCCAGAAGGGCGGGUCGCCGCGGCAGACGAAGGGGCGGCUCCACCCUCGCAGGGCGAGAGAGAUGUCGGAGAGACGGCCCACGCUGGGGCGGCCCCUUUUACCCGCCUGGGAGUGGCUGGGCAGCAAGAUGAGGCCACCUUUGAUUCCGACGUCCGCGUGUCAGGCCGCGAAGUAGUGAGGAACCAGGUCGAAGGCGUUACAGGCACAGGGGCGCCCGCGGGCGCCGUGGGCGCAGCCGCCGUCUCGGCCGCCGCGGUCGCGCUCAUCUGCAGGGCCCUCGCUGCGGGGAAGGCCGCCCCCAUGGCCCAGCUGGGCACUCCGGCUGCUACCGACAGCCACUUGGGCGCUGCCGCAGAGGGCACGCGGGCUGCACAGGGCGCCACCCUGGGCAGUCGCCAUGCCGCCAGCACUGGCCAGCUCGUGCGCGGCCGCGGUGGCGAGCGGGCGGCCCUCGUCGCCGCCCAGCUUCAUGAGGGCAGCCAGCCCCUCGCGAGCACGGGCCAGGGAGAGGCGGCUCCGCUCGUGCCCGCCGCUCCGCCACAGCGCGUGCGCCGCGACGACGACGGCGAGCAGCAGCCGCUGCAAAAGCGGGUGCGCGGCGGCUUGUCCUGCCCGCCCUUCUCCCGAAGAAGACAUGAAGAAACGCGGCCGCGCGACGCCGACGUCCUCAACCCGGGCGCCCAGCACGGCCCAGCCCGCACUUCCGGCACCGCCUCGACCGCGCAGCGCAGCGGGCUGUCUGAGCUCGCGCGGGCGGCCGGCGACGCGUGGCCGGGCCUUCCGCAGGCGCCCGCCACGGCGGCGUCGCCGGAGCCGGAGUGGGAGAAGUGGCUGCCCCUGUGGCCGCUGCUGCUGCCCUUCCCGCGGCUGCCCGACGGUGCCACCGUGCGGGGGCGGCAGGGGCACCUGCGGCUGCGCCCGCGCCUGCUGGCGCACUGGGCGCGCUUCUGCUGGUGCGCGCUCUUCGCCCUGGCAUACUUUCGCUGCCUCGGCCAGCGCCGCGACUCCUCCGAGUUCCUUGCCGGAGAGGCCCAGGAGGUGCGCGAUGAGUUUUUCCCCGACGCCGGCAAGACCGGCGAGCGCCUCGCGGAGAGCGAGGUGACCCCCGGCUUCAAGGUAGCGUUGCAUGCGGACGACGUGGCGAAGACGCUGGUCUGGCUUCAGAUGUUCUGCAUGGAGAAGGCGGGCUCGGACGACCACAUUCCUUGGGCAUGGCGGUGCGCUCUCGGCUCCGUGGAGAUCGGCAAGACGCACCGGGCCCCCUGGAAUAUAAUCAACAAUUCGCGCCUGAACAGGGGCGACAACGCGGAUGAUGCGGCUCGUCUUCUGAAGCAUAUUUGCAGGCGCAAUUUUCUCAUCAAACACAUCGUGUUUGGAGAUGACCCCGCAGACGUGCCUUUCGGUGACAUCACUGCGUUACAUAAGCUCCUGCAAAAAGAGGUGACGAAUGUCAGCAGCGUUGCGGUGGCAGAGGAGUUCGACGAGUGCACCGUGCUGUCUGGGAAUCCGAUGAUCGAAAUCGUCACGGACGGGGCGAUAGCGUCACGCGAAGCAGGUGCUGCGCGCAUCGCGCGCAGGGCCAGGUCGCUGUCUGGGCAAGGGGGGCACGAGCCACUCGACGAGAACAAGGGGCCGCAUUUGCCCACUUGGUGCUAUCAUUCGUCCUUCUCUGUGUUGCGCUUGGUGUUCCUGGCAAUUCAGGCGAACGACUUGGACUACGAUGGUAAGCUCGUCCAUGCGGAGUGCGAGUACUUCCUGGACUACCUGAACAUAACCGACCAAAGUGUUAGGGAGUUGGUGGUGGAAAGAAUGGACAUCAACGGUGAUGGGGCCGUGAACUAUACAGAAGCCCUGCUCGAAUUCUUCCGCGACAGAAAAGACUUGAUCGCCCACUACACUGACACGUACUUGGAUCCCAUAUGCCGCAAUCACCAUUGGGGCCUCAUGCACGCAUGUGGCCCAGAAUACAUCAACGUGAAUUUUCACAUAGAGCAGGCCCACACGAAUGCGGAUGCUAACGGCCAGCACUCGAAGACAUCGAGAAAUGCAUAUAUUGAUGUGAAUUUGCAUUUCACGGCUAAACGGAGAACAGGGCACAAAGUAACCACUGGAUGGUACAAGGCCGAACUCGACAUCGAAGCCAGCAUUUGUUAUGGAAAAUUGGGUGGCAGUAUGUUCUUUUGGGGAGUCGUGACCCUGGUAUUAUUCAUAUCGCUCUUUCUAUCUGAAGUGCUUUGCACGUUAUGGCGAUCACCCGUUGUGCUGUGGACAUUGCUGGUACCUGCAAAGCGGCAGGAAAUCGUAUCAUUGCUCGACGUGCGUUCGCUAUUCGCGACCUGGAUCGAUGGCCGCGGGGUGAGGAUUAGAUUUAUGGGCCCUCUGUUGGUCAUUUUGGAGAACCUAGCAACUGUAGCGUUUACGAUCGCCGUUUGGUAUUCGAUAAGCAAUUCAUUCGAGGCCACGGUGCCUAGAAUGGGACAAAUAUCUGAUGAAUGCGAGUCUGUAUAUGAAAAGAAGAUUCUGACCUUCGCGGCCCAGAUGCAUCGUGAGAAAAAAGGAAUUGCCCAUGACGGGUCUCGACUGAUCUCGCCGGUGGAGUUCAUCACGCACUGCUCGGAGGGCGAUGUGUACAGGUUAGCUGCGCUCUACUAUGAAAUAUUGUUUGAUUCCACGCGGGUCCACGGCCUCGCUCUCUUCCUUUUCCUGUGCCGAUUGCUUGAUGUGUGCAUGGCUUUCGAGGGUACCGCUUGGAUUGGCUAUACUGUUGCACUAGGAGCGCGCAAGCUCUGGUGGUUUCUCGUGUUCUAUUUGCUUGUCAUCUGCUGUUUUGCCUCGAUCAUGGAGGUGUCGUUUGGCAACAACUUCUUGCAGUUUAGGUCUCUCCCCCAGUCCUGCCUCUCACUGAUACUCUUCACUUUCGGCCAGACCGAGAAUGCCUUCAGGGGCGUUCAGAGCAUGGAGGAAUACCACAGUUUCUGGGUGUCGAUAUACAUGCUGGUGUUCGCGAUCAUGGUCGUCACAGUGGCUAUGCAGUUUUUCGUUUCCUUUGUUUUGGACGCUUACAACACUGUCCAAGAUAAUAUGGCGCAUCAUGAGAAGAACCACGAGGAGUUUCGCAACGUGUAUACCUCUAUUGCCACGAUGUUCUUCCCGCAGGCCUUGCGAGACGGCCGCGACUACCGCAGGGAACUCCGGAAGCCGUCCUCCUACCACGUCUGGCAGCUGGUGGUCAAAGUCCCCUCUCGGAGCUGCGCUAGGGACGCUGAGCUGCAGGAGCCGACCAGGCCCGCGAGGGCUGCCAGCGCGCCGGAGGCGCUGGCACACACGUCAACUUCAUCGUCAGCCUCUGCGGUCUCCAUGACCGGCAUGCCAGCCGAAGCCGGAGGCGGCGGGCAUUCCCCCUUGAGGUAA